AUGUCUACACCUCCCUCUACGGGUGUUACCCCCAAGCGAGGCUCUCCGGGGGUUUCGAAGACUAUCGUGCAGGAUAACAUCAAGCAGUCUCCCGAGAUAGCUGCCAAUUUAAAGGAUGCCCCUGCCUUCAAGCACAAGCCGGCCGUCAUAACUCUUGCUACGUCCAAGCUUGUAAAUCAGAACACUCUUAAGGUUGGUUCUUCCACCCGCCAUCUGCCGCCUCGCUCACAGCGACGACAGAAGAAGACCAAUCAGGAGUCGGCCACUAUUGCUGGCACAAACCCAAUGGACAUGCUGCUCGCCAAGUUGUCAGAGCAGCAAGCCGCUCUUGAACAGCAGAAUGAGGCUUUGAAGAGUUCUGAUGACAAUAGCUUGUACACGCGAGGCUUUGACCAGGCUCCCUCAACCACCAACUCCGUCCCCAUCACCCCCGCGACGGACUCGUUCCCAACGACUGCCCCUACCACCCGUCCGGCCAGUGCCGCCCUUGAGGAGAACCACGGCAACAUGGAAGAGGUUCUCCGGCUCAAGAUGGAGCUUGCCCGAGCCCAGAACAAGAUCUCUCGCCUCGACCACGAGCUUGCGCAAUCGCGCUCCGUCAAGCAGGAGGACGAUAUCAUGGCGCAACCCUCGGUUCGCUCCGGUAUGUUCGGGGCUGAGAACGCUUGGGGCCCUAAUGAUGACAGCUCUUCGGACGCUGGCGUGCCUUCUGUCGGCGGGUUUGGCCGUUCCCGCACUGCCUGGGCUAGUCACAGAGGCCCACCUCCCUUUUCCAACCACAUCAUGCCCACACCCUCUUCCGAUUCGCAGUCAGCUGGAGGUGAUUGGUAUGGCGGUAGCCGUGGUGGCUUCAACCAGGGCUACAUGGAUCCUGCUGGCCCGUACUCCAUGGCGGAUAGUUACCGAGGCGAUCGGAUGAGCCAUGACACUGAGAUGUUCUCUCGGCCCCCUAGCAGUCGCCGGAACAAUCGUUUCGACAACAGUCGGUGGCCUUCCCCCCAGCCUUACGGUGGAUCCAGCUUUGGUGGACAGAACUAUGGUGGGUUCACGCCCUCACCUGCGCCGUUCGAGGCCAUGAGCGGAGGACCCAGCAGCACCUCCGGCAAUAUGGGUUCUGGCAUGUACCAGGGUUACAACCAGCAACCUAUUGGCACUCAGCUUUCGCCUCACGCAACCGAGUUCACCACCGGUGACGGAUGGAAGACUGAGAGCAUCGUUACCGAGGGUCAGACAUACCUCCCGACCACUGAGCCUCUCAACUAUCGCCGGCUGUUGGAUCGCAAUGUCAACUGCAACUGGAAGUACAUCGUGGACAAGAUUGUCUGCAACAACGACCAGCAAGCGUCCAUCUUUCUGCAGCAGAAGCUCAAGGUCGGCACACCGGACCAAAAGUACGAGAUUGUGGAAGCCAUCGUCGCUCAAGCCUACCCUCUCAUGGUCAAUCGUUUCGGCAACUUUCUCGUUCAACGUUGUUUCGAGCAUGGGACCCCCGAGCAAGUCAUCAAGAUCGCCGAGGCCAUUCGAGGCAACACACUCAACCUUUCUAUGGAUCCUUUCGGAUGUCAUGUCGUUCAGAAGGCAUUUGACUCUGUGCCCGAGGACUACAAGGCUAUCAUGGUUCACGAACUCCUUCGUAGAAUCCCCGAAACUGUCAUUCAUCGAUAUGCUUGCCACGUCUGGCAAAAGCUCUUCGAGCUUCGCUGGUCCGAGUCUCCUCCUCAAAUCAUGAAGUUCGUCAACGACGCUCUGCGAGGCAUGUGGCACGAGGUUGCCUUAGGUGAGACUGGCAGCUUAGUUGUCCAGAACAUUUUCGAGAACUGUCUCGAGGAAGACAAGCGUCCUUGCAUCGAGGAGGUCCUUGCCAACAUCGACAUUGUGGCACAUGGCCAGUUUGGAAACUGGUGCAUCCAGCACAUCUGCGAGCAUGGCGCGCCCGCUGAUCGCAGCCGUGCUAUUGAUCACGUCAUUCGUUACGCUGCCGAGUACAGCACCGACCAGUACGCCUCCAAGGUUGUCGAGAAGUGCCUCAAGAUUGGCGGUGGAGAAUUCCUCAGUCGUUACCUCGACCGAUACGGCAACUACCUCAUUCAGUACAUCCUUACCCACGCUGGCAUGCAGCACCGUGAGGUGGUCGCUGCCCACAUUCGCAAGCACAUGGUGUCUCUUCGGGGAUCCAAAUUCGGCUCUCGUGUCGGCAUGCUUUGCACCAAUCCAGCUGUAGCGACACGCCCUGGCCCUGGAGUUGGUCCUAGCAUGAACCGGAUGGGCGCUGGUUCUCGCUACAGUGGUGGUGGUAGCGGCUACCGUUGA